UGAGUGUGUUUCUCGUGGCAUAAAAUAGUCUUGGUCUCCCAUUUUAUAUUCCAAUAAAACAAUCAACAUCAAUGUCGAUUCUUUAUUUUCUCAAACAUAUGCCUGUUGGAUCAUUAAAAAAAUGCAACUUUCACUCAAUAAUUGAUUGAUGAAUAUGUUCAUACCAAAUUCCAUUUGUUUUCUUCUUCAAUACUUUUUUUUUUAAAACUUUGUGUUCCAGUAGCAACCUAAUAAGCCCUCUGUGCCAUCUCUGAGUGAAGGGUAGAUACAUAUAAUUUCACAUCUGGGGGUUUUAUCUGAAAAGGGUUGUGGGUGCUAUGGAGGUUUAUAAGGGAUGGAUUAGGAGGAAUAAAGGUUUUGUGCGUCAAUUGGAUUCUCUUGUCAAUAAUUUAACAUGGUUCCUCCCGGAUGAGUUUGCUGAAUCAGAAAUCGGGCCAGAAGCAGUGUCAUCCCUUGUAGGAAUGAUUACUACCGUGAACGAAUAUAUAAUAGAGACAACUCCAACCGAGGUGCAUACGAGAUGUGCAGGGUCUUCUUCUAUCCCUUUAUCAUUGUGCCUUACUUUGCUGAAAGACUUGGAGACAUCGAUUGAGGUUGUGGCUGAGCAACUUUAUGGUGAAAAGAACAAAUGGAAUUUGAUUGCCAUAUCUGAGGUCGUCAAGGUUUGUAUUAGGCUGGUUAUCUUCAGGAAGACUGGCUACAAAAUGCUUUUGCAAGGAGGGGAGACUGAAAAUGCAGAAAAUGAUUCUGAUUCUUCUUGUCCCCAAGAAACGAAGAGGCGGAUUGAUAAACCUACUGGAAAUGAAGAGUCUGGUACCACAAAAACACUUCAUUUGCAAAACUCGGAGAAUCUUGAAGGCAGGGCAAUAUCUGCCUUAAGCAGUUUUGGCAAGAAUGCUUCAAUGCAACAGCCACAAGCAAUAAUGGAACCUCCAAUUAAACUAGUUGAGAGACCUAGUUUAUGGACUUUCUUAUCUGAGAAAGGUGUUCCUGGAGGCUUCUUUGUGACGGGGGAGGUUUUGUUCAUCAUAAGGCCUCUUGUUUAUGUACUAUUGAUGAGGAAAUAUGGAACACGGUCAUGGUUUCCCUGGUGCGUGUCUCUGGCUGUGGACCUCAUCGGAAAUAGCAUUGUCUCAGUUGCAUUGAUGUGUCAACAUAGCGGGAAAAAUCAGCAACUUCAGUAUUGUGACUCUGAGAAGGACGAGUUAAAAAGGCGGAGAAUGUUGUGGGCGUUGUACCUCAUGCGAGAUCCACUUUUCACCAAGUAUACCAGGCAAAAACUUGAAAGCACUCAAAGGCUAGUGCAAACCGUUCCCAUUCUUGGAUUUGUUGCAGAAAAAUUAAUUGAAAUUCUUAUUGGAGUUCAAACGCGUUUCACAUACACGUCUGGUUCAUAACAGGGUGAAGCUAUCAGGAGAAAUUUGUAGCUUGUAGCUUCUGCAUUUAAGAUAUUUGCAGUCUCUUUCCUUAUUCUUUUUCUUGGGGAUUUCGUUUCGUGGCAUAGUUGAUCGAUUUUUGUUGUUUGGGUAUGUUCCAAAAUUGUCAGUUUUCCUUUUUUGGUAUAAUUAUCUGGUAUCCAAAACUCACUUUCCCAGCAUUAAAGAGGAAAGCAAUCUCGGUUUCUCCGAAAUUGUCUAAGUAGAUCAAUCCUUUAUCA